ACCCGGGCGCGCCUGAGCUCACACGCGCACGCACACACGGACGACCCCUCGCCUCUUCUCUCCUGGCGCAGCCGAGAAAGCCAGCCCUCCCUUUCCUAACUGGGGCACGGACGCUCAGCAAAGCUCAGCGCGCAGCCCAGAGCCAACCCAGAAGCCGAAGAAAGCCAGCGGACAAGCCUUCUUUCUCUCCUGCCUGCCCGGCCGAAGCGCCCCAUCCCCCCGCCCAGAACCUCGAUCUUUCCCACCCCACCCUACCCCUCUGGGUUUCACCGCGGACAGAGCCCGGAGCCGGGUGUGCCCCCGUUUGGAAUCAAGGUUUCAGCACUUCGGACAGCGCCCGGACGCCCCAUCCCCUUUGGGUUGGCGAUGGCGAGCGUUCAGCAAGGCGAGAAGCAGCUUUUUGAGAAGUUCUGGCGAGGAACCUUUAAAGCUGUGGCCACCCCGCGUCCUGAGAGCAUCAUUGUCGCCAGUAUUACAGCCCGCAAGCCGCUGCCAAGGACAGAACCUCCAAGCAGCCCCAUGGUCCCAGCUCAGGAUGGACCCUCGGAUAAGCUGAGCCAGCAUCUGGCCCCUGAGGCUCUGGGCACCAAUAGCUGGGAGAGAGACAAGACCUGCCGGGAGUUCAGUCCUGCCAGAGCACGCAGUGCCUCCCGCGACAAAGACUUGACGCCACCACCUUCCUCCAGGGGGAAGAAGAAAAAGAAGAAAUCCACCAGGAAGAAAAGAAGGAGGUCCCCAUCAUAUAGCCCAUCACCUGUCAAGAAAAAGAAGAAGAAAAGUUCUAAGAAACAUAAGCGACACAGGUCAUUCUCCAAGAAGAGAAGGCACAGCUCCUCCAGCCCAAAAAGCAAAAGAAGGGAAGAGAAGAGGCACAAAAAACAAUCACGAAGCCGGCCCCGAAAGUCUCACCGCCACCGCCAUCACCACUGCCCCUCGAGGUCCCAGAGCUCGGAGUCCCGUUCCUCAAGCUGUGAGAGCAGGCACCGCAGCCAGUCCCACGAGGAAGGGCGGAAGUCCCACCGAAGGCACUCCCGCCGCUGCUCCGAGACCCUUGGCAAGGCCAGCCCCGAGGCCCGGUCCAGCCAGCCACCCAGCCAGCCCCUGCAGAUGCUGAGCCUCCUGCCAGCCAGAGGUGUAAUCACUGGGUCGGGGUCUGCUGCUGACCUCUUUACCAAAACAGCCAGCCUGCUCACCACCUCCCGAGGACGCUCCCAGGAGUAUGACUCAGGCAACGAUACCUCCUCACCGCCCUCCACGCAAAUCAGCUCAGCCCGGUCACGGGGUCAGGAGAAAGGGAGCCCCAGCGGGGGCCUAAGCAAGAGCCGGGAUCUCCACAGCGGCAACACCUCUGAUUCAGGGAACUCCUUCACCACCUGUUCACCCCAGAACAAGGGGACCACCUUGGAGCAUCUUUCCCCCACCAGCAGGGGCAGAGACUCGAGAGGAUUUCAGUCACCGUGUCUGGAAUGUGCCGAGGUGAAGAAGUCCGAGUUGGUCCCAUCCACAGCCCGGAGCUCCCCCAUGAGAGGGUGCUCCCGCAGCUCCUCCUAUGCCAGCACCCGCUCCUCCAGCCACUCCUCCCGCUCCCCAAAGGCCUCCCCCAGGUACACCCGGAGCCGAUCCACCUCCUCUGGGAAAAGGUCCUACUCGCGCUCUCCCAGCUACUCCUCUAAGUCUGGCAAGAGGAGCCCGCCUAGCAGAAGCUCUCGAUCCCGCCGCAGCCCCAGCUACUCGCGCUACAGCCCCAGCAGGGAGCGGGACCCCAAGUACAGUGAGGACUCGCAGCAGCGGGAGCGCGAGCGAGCGCGUCGGAGACGUCGGUCCUACUCGCCCAUGCGGAAGCGCCGGAGAGACUCCCCGAGCCACCUGGAGGCGAGGAGGAUAACCAGCGCCCGGAAACGCCCCAUCCCCUACUACCGACCCAGCCCCUCUUCGUCCAGCGGCCUCAGCAGCACCUCCUCUUGGUACAGCAGCAGCAGCAGCCGCUCCGCCAGCCGCAGCUACUCCCGCAGCCGGAGUCGCAGCCGGAGCCGCAGCCGCAGCAGCCGGAGCCGGAGCCGGAGCCGGACCCGCAGUAGCAGCAGCUCCAGCUCCCGCAGCCCCAGCCUGGGCUCCCGGAGCCGGAGUCGGAGCCGAAGCUACAGCUCAGCAGACAGCUACUCCAGCACGAGGCGCUAAGCAAGGGCCCUCCCUUGAGCCCGCUGCCUGGGGGGAAGGGGCCCUUUAACUCUGCCAGCCUCCUCCACUUCCUGCCCACCCUGCCUUCUCCUUGGUGACAGACAUUGAGGGCUCCUGGACCUGUCCUUCGUGCUCUCCUGGGGAGGAGGAAAAGAGGGUACAGGGGCUUUGGCCUGUAUGUCAAGUUGCUAGGUAGGAGCCUCCACCAGCACCACCUUGGGGCUCAACUCAGACCGGGGCAUAAGGAGAGAACCACCCUCUGUUGGCACAGAAAACCUCAAAGUUUUGUAAGAAGCAAUGGGUCCAUGGCUCCAAAGUUGGGGCCUGGCCAGGAAAAUGUAGUCGGUUCCGCUAACCCACUGCUCACAGGAUGCUAUGGAAAGCCAGUGGUAAUUCAUCACACCUGCCCUCGUUCACCCCUCAUUCAAUCUCAUGGCUGCACGUUUAUGGACGCCGCCCCCCCCAUGGAGAGGAGACGGAUGGCAAUUCAGUUCCAGGAGAGGGGGUCAGGCCUUUCACCUCCCCAGACAGGCCAGGGCAAAGGCUAGCAGGCGCUUCAAGUCCAAGAAGAGGGGACGUAUAUGAGUAGGGGACAUGGAUGUUUCAGUUGGUGGUUGGGUCUUCUGAUCAUGAAUGUAGAAACAAAAAGGAAGAGGUCAGUCCGCUGCUCCCAAGUAUCUCAGCGUGGUCAGGCAAAGGAGCCCAGAAGGUUCUAGCAAUGGAGAGGUCAUCGCAUGGCAUACACCAAAUGCCUCUUGGCUGUUCACGGGGACCUUACAACCUCGCUGAGAAAGGACACAGUGGACAGUCGGGACAGCUUGGUCUACAGCCCCACUUCCCAAGUCUGCCUCAGCCUCACUAACUGGCAUCCACUUAAUUCCACGGGACCAUCUGCUGAACAUUCCCAGUGCGUGGCCAGCUGCCAGUCCCCAGCGCCAGUCAGUCUGGCCUUACCCUCUGGUUGGCGCCUAUCUGCCCCCUCCCCACUGCCCAGACUGCCACACCCUGGAUCCUACCCAUUGUAGCCGAGCACCUACCCACCCUCAGCCUAAGCCACCCCCUUUGCCUCUCAGGAAUUUUCCCAAGAUGGGGCACAGUAGCUCAGGUUUUAGGAGAAAGACCCAAAUCCAGAGAAUCUGGGAGUCUUGGAUGCUCGGUGGCCUGGACUCCCAAGGUUUCUUGUCAGCCUAGGGAAGCCCCACCUUCCUUUCUGCCCUCACCCCUCCUUCCCCCUGCCAAGGGUUGAGCGGUGAGGGUAAGUUGAUCUGUUAACACACAAAUACCAGCAGCUGCUUCCUCCACAGAAGGCGCUGAGAACAGGGGAGUGAGGGAGAAGAUCCCUAAAAUAAACUCUUGGGCAUCCCCCUCACCAGCUGACUGGCUUUCCAGAACCUUGUGGGUGAGUUUCAAGUGUGUGGUGGCAACAGCAGCAGGACAGGGCAUGGAAGGAGGUGGGGUGGGGACAGUUGCCAGCGCUGGAUACUGGGGCUUUGGAGAAACAGGGACCAAACGUUCGUUAUCCCUCACACCCCAGGGAAAACAUUUGGAAAAACUCCUUUUUUCUUAGAAGCAGUGACCCUCCCCUCCCCAGUCUUUCCCAUCAUCAUCAUCAGUCUGUCGGGCCAGAAACUACCCUGAAACCUUUCUCCACCACAAGAGUGGAGCAAGGUGGCCCCGGCCCGCAGUGGAGGACCCCGCCUUCCCAUGAUGCCCUCUGGCGCAGACCUGGGCCCCGCCCGCCAAGACUUACGGAUGGUAACGCUGUCACCAGAGAAGGCCGGAUGGCAGGUGCCUGGGACAGGGGCAGGUGCCCUGGGAGGGCAUGUACAGCAACUGUAAAUAUCCCUCUCCCCCGCCCAGGCACCCCGAAUGGACUCCAGUCUCCCCUCAUGGAAACAAAGGCUUCCCGGAGCCGUGGAACCUCCUUAGCAGGACAGCAAUGAGGCCGAAGAGCCUCAGACUGCCUGCAUUCAAGCAACUCUAGGGGACCAUUUUGCCUGGGUCUGCUAGCAAACCUUUUAUUUAUUUUAUUUAUUUGUGUUUAUUUAUUUAUUUAUAUGAUCUCUCAGUUACCAUUCGCAGUAUUCAACUAUUUAUUUAUUUAUUUAUGUAUUUAUUUAUUUAUGUAUUUAUUUGGAGACGCUGUGUGUGAGUGUUUGUGUGUUUGGGGAGGAGAGGGGACUUCUCAUUAUUUUUGUGCUUCUGGCCUUUUUGCCCCUGGUGUCUCUAUGGAUGGGAUUUGAGAGGCCGGAUGUGGGUGGGGACGUGGUCUUGGCCCUGAAGGCAAGACCCACUAAGCUCUACUAAGUCCAGGACAUCCUGGAAGUGGCCCAGAAGCACUUCAGCCCCAAGGUUCCUUUCUCCGCCCACCGUAAGCGAGGUCCAGGCCUCUGCCUCAGCCCCCUGCUCACCAGCUGCCUCACUGAGGUAUCAGGAAAAUGGAAACAGCCGAGAAGCUCAUGAGCUCAAGUACUGAAUUGACACAGUCAAAUCACAGCUUACGUCGGGGGUGGAGUCUGAAGCCAGCAGAGGAGGCAAAAGCUGCACAGAGUCCAAAUCACCCAGUGGGAGACAAAUGUGCUGUCUCUUGGGAGACUGAUGAAGCUUCCAUUAGUACUUCUUGAAGUAGCUGCCUUGUGCUCCGGAGGCCAUGGUGGUUGAAAAAUGACACCUGGUUCAACAGGUGGGAUCGCACUUGGAGUUCAUGAGAUGCUCACACCAUGAGAGUAAGGCAAGAAUUGAGGUGACAGAGGGAAGAGAAGAUGCACAUCUUGAUUUCACUGUUACUCCAGGACAUACAUUAGUGGGCAGGAUCACUCACUUGCUUUUCUGAGAAUACCUACUUGGUUUCAUGUAAGUUACUCCAGCUUCUGACUCCUGUAGCUAAUUUCUCCCCAUCCCCCGAGAUGCGGCUUUAUUCCUUGUGCAGUGGACACACGCUGCCUUGUGAUGAGGUAGCAGCCAUCCUGGGAGAGAGACACACAAACCCAAAACAAAAGUCUUGUUCUGUGAUCUCUUGUUGUCCUAUCAGGAGAAAAAAACAAGGUAUUUCAGAAAUUAGGGGGAAGAAGGUAAAAGUUGCAGCUAGAGAUUCCCAGCAAGAAGGUCAUUUUGGAACCCAUCCUGGGAACCAGGAUGCAGACAGAGGCCUUUACCAGUCCUGCCUCUGACCAACUCGCAGUGCCUUUCAGCUGCUGGUUGGAGACCACACCUGCUCUUUCCAAAGUCACUAUUCACUGCCUUGAAAUGGCCAGCUUGCCUGGUCCAGCUUUAGGUUUAGUGAGACAUUAUUUCCCUGGCAAUGUGACUUUAUCCCGCCCAAACCCAAGCAAGGGGAGUCGGUCCCCUGGCCUGGGGAAAGUUUGCAGAAAGCCUGCAUAAAUGCCUCCUGGGGGGAAACACUUGCCCCUCCCUCUCACUUGGUGUGUGUCUCUGAUUUCCUUUUAUUUAUUUUACCCUCCAAAACGAAAACUCUUGUUAGAGCACUGGCAACCUCGCUUAACCGGAACCCCCAACCCCUGGCAUCGCUAUUUCUUUGCCUACUUCACCCUCAGUACCUUUUGCUUCCAGGGAAUGAAGCAGACCACCUGACCCCUGCUCAUGAGGAGGACUAAUUUUAAAAAACAAUAUGGAAAAUGGGAGGGGGGGUGUGGCUCAAGAUCAAGUGCACGCAGCCCUUUGACCUUCCUGCUGUGGCUAUUCUCUGGAUGAGUGAACCUGGGCAAAUUGCUCCCUUUCUCUGGGCCAAAGUUCCCACCUUUGAGAAGUGGAGGAGUUUUGGAGGUACAAUCCAAAAUGUUCACUUGAGGCCUGGGUAAUUCUUCCAAGGCAGAGUGAGCUCACUGAGAUGUAGAGCAAAAAGGAAAACAUCCUCAAACAUUUGUUAACUCAUGAGAGUUAACCCCUAAAAGCAAUCUGUGAAUUCCCUCUAGUUAGUUAAGAAAAGCUAACUAAUUCAAAGCCUCCACCCCCGGAACAUUCUAGCUCAUCCAGGUUUGACUGCAUUCCCAUCGCUACUUCUUCCCUUUCUUUGAAGGAAAGUCAAUCUUUCAGAAGCAAAACAAAAUUACGAUGUUUGACAGACACAAGGGUCUCAGUCUUAGAGAACCUCCGUCACUUCCAUUUACUCAGACCCAUCUUCCCAAAAGGCUUUGCUUGAAGUGGCCACAAUUCGGGGUGCUCCCAAAGGGUUGAAUGCACUUUUUUCUUUCUUCUCAAGUCUCACUGCCAUCUUUUACUGUAUUCUUUUCCAUGAAUAUCAUGUGUAUGUAUCUUGCCUUGCUUUCCUCUCUAGCUGAAUAUAAAAUUUUGUCUCAUAAAACAAAACAACCAAAAGAGAAAAAGAAAACCCCACAGAAUUCCUCAAAACACGCCCCCUCCCGUGUUGGCCAACUGAGUCCAGCUGAGGAACGAUGCUAGCUAUGAUGUUAUCAAGCAAUGCUUUGUGGACACCUCUUCCUUCUCACUUCUGUACCAUUGAGCAAUGAGACUGCGGGUUGUCUUCUGCCCUCUGUCUAUGGCUAUUGAUUUUUGUUUUUUGGGUUUUUUUUUUUUUUUUUUUUUUUUAGUGGUGAUUGUUUUGCAUUGUAAAUAUCAUGAUGGGGACCCCCUCAUCAGAUCAUGGCUUACUUAUUUAAUAAUUUAUUUCCUAUUUAUUGGGUGAUAUUGGGAGCGGAGAGGAACUUCCCCUGAAUUGCUGUUGGAAAUCGGCCCAUCUCCCAGCCUCUGGUAGAACUGUGUGCAGCGGGGGCGUGAUCGCCCAGGUAAUGAGAGCUAGAAUCACCGAGCAAAUUGGAAUUGGCAGAAACGGAGGCUUCAGUCAUACAAAUUAAGCUCAAAUGGAACUAAAACACUGGUUAUCUCCGGGAAAACCUCAUUUAGAUGGAAAUUAAUUGAGGAAUAAAAUGCCUGUGCACGAACCAACUUCUAUUAAAAAGUCACAACUCCUUGAAAAAAAAAGAGAGAAAGAAGAUUGUAAUCCCUUUUCUCUAGCAAGAAAAGCUAUGCCUCAUCUUCUAAUGAGCUGAGUCAGAGAAUGGAACAGCAUUCCUUUAUGGGUCUCUUGCCUGUGUAUGUGUGUGUGUCUGGAUGAAAUGGAGUGGGUCUCAGGCCUCAGUUUUAUCAUCUGUAGAAUGGGGUUUGGCCUAAGUGUUCUUGGCAGGGUGGAGGGAGCAGGUUCUAACUCUAAGGCCAGUGAGCUCCAACUGUCAAGACAAAUAGUCCUGUGUGUCCUCCCCUGCCUGUAGAUUAAAGAGUGUCUCCUAAGGAAGGAAAUAAAAAAUGGCAUGGACUUCAUUUGCAGGGUGAGGUCACAGCAGCUGAGUCCUACAGUCAGAUAAGGGGGGCCCUCCAGGUGCUGCCACCUUGAUAACUGUGGCCUGGGGUAAAGCCCUCUAUAUUCAGCUUGAACUUCUCUCCAAAUCCAGCCACCCAAAGUCAUCAAAGAAAAGACCAGAACGAUUUGCCGUGCUCUGGGUGUCACCACUGUUUAUUGUGUCAGGCCGUAUUUUAUACAAUUGUUCAAACAAACCAGUGACAUAGGUCACAUAGCCAUUUCUCAGAUGAGAAAACUGAGGCCGUGGAAGGGGGUACUGAUGUGCCCAAUCUCCCUUGAGCUCAGAUCUGUCUGACAACCUGCCCCACACUGUCUUGGGAGCUCCAUCUUGCUGGGGCUAUGCUGUGAGGACUUUUCUGCUCGUGCUGUACCUUUUCUCUCCCAGUUCCUUUUUCUCAAGCAGUCAUGGCCAAGAACCUAGCAGAACCUACCACAUCAGCCUGGGGGUCUUGGUGCUCCCCAAGACCAUUUCUCCAUAUCGGGGGCUGGAACUCCCAUCUGGAAAACCCCAAACCAGGGGACCCACCACCAGCCCAGUUCAGCCUUUGCAGCCAGCCUCUGCCCGGAACAGCCACAUCAGAGGGGAGAAGCUCCUGUAUCCUCCUGCAUCUGGGGACCCUGUCCUCUACCCAGUGACACGGCAGCCAUGGCUUGUUUGAUUUCUGAUGUUCACAGCUAAGCGAACCUUCCCAGGGUUUUCAGCCUUCAGCCUGUACGAAACAUGUCUCUGUUCUAAUAAAAGGUCCCAUGGUAUGGUG